AUGCUACUACGAAGAGUUUUCCAAGUAUGCUGUCGAAAUAAAUCCACCAGCACGUUAACCCCGUCAUCAACAUCAACAUCAAACAACUACAACAACAACAAUCCCAUAGUAAAGGAAACAUUUACAUUAACUGAUGAACAAGUUAGAAAAUAUUAUAAAUAUUUCAAGAUAGCAGAUUAUCCCAUAUCAGCACCUGAAGAGAAUAAAUUUCAAGAUGCUAAAAAGAAAUGGAUAAGAAAAUCUAAAAUUGAACAAUUAUCAAUAAGAAAUGUUAUUGAAAAUAUCAUAAUUGAUUUAAAUAAAAAUAAAACAAUUGAAUUUAAACAAGAAUUUAAUAAAACUGUUAGACUUAUUAAAUCUUCAUCAUUACUUGAAUAUUGGAAGAAUAUACAUCUUGGAUUUUAUGGAGAUAAAAAGAGCAAAACUUUUAGAUUACCUACAUUACAAUCAACACUAUAUUAUUAUUGUUAUAAAAAUACUGAAAAUAUGAAUAAAGGAAUAAAUAAAUUUAAACAAUAUGAUGAAUUAUCUAAAAUUUGGAAGAAAUUAUCUGAUGAAGAAAAAGAAAAAUGGUUAUUUGAAUAUGCUGAUUUGGAAUUACAAGGAUAUAGAAUUAUUGAUUAUAAAUUAGUUAAACUUGAUGAAGAAUUUGAAAUUCAAAAAAGAAGAUCACCUCAAGGAGUUUUACAAAGUAAAACAAGUAUGUUCGAAACAAUGAUUAUAAAACAUAAUUUAACAACUGGUGAAGUUCAAAUUGAUGGAAUAAAUAUUAAUGAUGGAGCCAAUUAUUUUAUUUGGAAGAAUUUAAAUCUGAAUUUUGAAUCAAAUUUAUAUUUACAUCAACGAUAUAUUAAAUUAAUUGAGAAAUGGAAUUCAAUGUCAAAAGACGAACAAAAAUUAUAUCAAGAUAAAUAUUAUAAUUGUUUAAAAAAUGGGAAAAUUCUAUUAAAUGGUGAAUUAAAAGAUAUUGAUGCAAGAUUAUUUAGAGAAUAUGAACUACCGUAUAUUAAAUAUAUACCAAGGUGGGGAGAUUUUAUAGGAUUCAUGCAUAAACGUGAAGAAAUGGCUCCUUUACAAGUUGUACGCAAUCAAAUGGUUGGUAAUUAUAUACCAGCGUUACCAAUUGGAUAUAAUUUUGCAAGACAAUAUUAUGUUGGAAAAAAAAUUCAAGAAUUAGGAAUUGAUAAAGUUGAUAAAAUUUAUAAAGAAUGGGAUUAUUUAAUGGAACAAGAAGAAAGAAAUAAAAUUAUGAAAGAAUAUGAACAAUUAAUAAUUGAAGGUAAAGAUUUAUUAAAUGGUAAAGUUGUUAAUAUUGAAGAGAAACUUUAUCAAUCUAAUGAAAAUUAUACUAUUUAUGAAGUAUUUGGACAAGGAAUUGCUAAAAGUAAACAUAAUCCUCUGUUAUUUAGAAGAGUUACAGUACUGCCAGCUAUUCUUGAUCAGAAUACUCAAAAAGGAAUAAUAGUUGAUGAUGUUGAUCCUGAUAUUGUUUUCAAUUAUUAUUUUGGAUUAAGGUUUAGAACUAUUAAAAAUACCCAACAAAUAUUUCAAGAAUGGAUAGAUAUGACAGAACAACAAAAACAAGAAAUUACCAAUGAAUAUAAAGAAUUAUUACGUAGGGGGAAAGAUAUGUUGUAUGGAGAAAUUGUUUCAUUAAAAGAUAAACAAGAAGCUGCAAAAAAAUUAACUAAAGUAGUUGGUAGAGGAGUACCACUAGAAUUUUAUAAACAAGAUCCAGAAGAACAAAUACUUACGAAUGAUGAUGUAUUUGAAUAUUUUAAAUAUUAUAAAUUGUCAGAAAAUCAUAAAGAAAGAGAAAUUCAAUCACAAUGGGAUAAUUUAAAUCAAGAACAGAAAGAUGAAUUUAAAGAUGCUUAUGAAUUGUUAUUACUGAUUGGUAAAGCGAUUCAAAAUGGGAAAUUGGUAGAUAUAUAG